CUGACUCCGAACUUCUGUGGCUGCGCGGUAUUCCAUUCAUCAGCGGAAGUCAGUCAUGUCUUGGUACUGAAUUGCGAAUCACGCUCUCCGAGGAUCGAGGCUUGCAGCCUGACAUUCAGCCCCCACUUUCUUUUCGUUAUCGUAUUCUCCGUACUGUGCAGCUACGGAAUACGCUGCCGGACUCAUUCCCCGCGAUUCUGGUCGUACUGUGCAGUAAUUUUCGCCUGGUUGGCGGCCCCACGUCCCCAUUACCAGAACGUCAACCUACCAAGCACUACCCACAGCAGCCACCACAGACGACGACUUACCUUACCGAUCUUCAACUCAAACGCAACGCUGUCCCCGUUUACUGCGGGAACUAUAACCGGCCUUAUGGGGCUUGACUCCCUCGGCACAGGAUGGAGGUAGCCCCGGCCGAGCCCUCAAUUGGCGGCGAUUUGGUCCCGUUCCGGCGCAUCUCACCACAACCAGAGCAUUCGGGAACCGUUGAAGCCACCCCGCCAAACAGUGCCGCGGCCGACGCUGGCAGUGAGGCGCCUGCCAACCCCCGUAAGAGGAAAAAAGCGUCGAGGGCCUGCGACUUCUGUCAUGUGAACCACCAGCCGUGCGACAACGGCAAGCCCAAGUGCAGCGUCUGCACCAAGCACAACAAGCCGUGUUUGUACCUGCGCCCCACCAAGCGGCGCGGCCCGCAGAAGGGCUACCGCACCGCGCUCAACACGUACAAGGAGAGCGCCGCCGCCUGGGGCGCCGUGCUGGCCGCCAUCCCGGGCCUGGACGCCCUGAUCGAGGGCCACCUGCGCGGCGCGGCCGGCAAGGGCGUCGUCGCCUCCAUCAAGGACUCGAGCCAGCAGGAAGCCCUGAUCGCCCGCUGGCAGGAGAGCUCCGUCUUCCGCGCCUUCUUCGGCCACAACGGCCCCCCGCCGGGCCUGCAGCCGGCCGACAGCAACUCCGCCGCGCCCUCCCACGAGCUCGAGGACGAAGACGCCGGCGACGAGACACCCCCCGCCCGCCCGCCGCCCGCUGCGCGGCCAUCCCAGUCCCAGCCUCCCGCAAGCAAGCGCAGCCGGUCCGUCUCCAGCUUCGUCGUGCUGAACGAAGCCACCAGGCCGCCACCAUCUCACGCAUCCGCACCCCAACCGAAGGACUCACUCUCGGACAUCGUAGCCAAAGACGCCGCGCAAUCAGCCACCCGCGCCUCGCAGACGCUCGCCUCGCUCGGCUUCGCGCCCGACGAGACCAUCGCCGACUUCUACAGCAUGGGCUCGAACCCGGAGCCGAUCCCGGAGCGGCCCGACCCGGAUUUCGACCCGUCCUUGGGCAGCGAGGCCGAGCAGCGCGCCUACUACGAGCUGCUCAUGGGCCGGUCGUUUCCCGGAUGAGCUUGGGUGGGGGUGGGGUACUUGGGCAAGGGACGCCCUGGAUUGGGCAAUUUGGGGGUUGGGGGUUGGGUUUGGUUUGUCUCGAGUCCAGUCCCGUGCUGCGCUGCGCGUUGCAGCGCCGGUGCCGG